AUUGUGAUUCACCAUGAGAACAGGCCACAUGCUGUUUGCUGGUCACCAAUCAAGUAUAUAUAAACAAUAGAAAAUGCUGUUUUGUUAUUCUCGUUUACGUGUCUACUACGGUAUCGCCAUGAAGUUUGUCCUGCUUCUGUGCGCCUGUGCGGUUGUGUCUUCCGCCCUGGAGCUUCCUAGUCUCAAGCUGCUGUUGGAGCAGAAACACCAACUGCGUACGAAUCCGGGAGAGCAAUCCUCACUAAAGAAACGGAGUGAGGCACAGCUGGACAAACGUUUGUGGCUCGGGUCCGUAGUCCACAGUAUCGAACAUGCAGCUCACAAUGUCGGACAUGCGGUCGAACAUGCAGUUCACAAUGUCGUACAUGCAGUUCACGAUGUCGGACAUGCGGCCCAAGAUGUUGGUCAUGCAGUAGGAGAUAUUGUGGGAUAGGCUAAGAGUUCAAUCCAAAAGGUUCUAAAGGGCAUGGAGAGAACAGUCCAAGAUCUUGGUCACCAACUUUCACAUUUUACUAUCAAGCAUUCGGAGUGUAUGCAAUGAUCUCGUUCAUGGCGGCUCGACAGUCGUUGCUACUGAUGUUACAGCGACCCCAGAGGGACAUCAAACACUUCAAGAUCACAUCAAAUUUUUCGCAUACAGAGACGAAUAAAAUAACGAACAACAA